UCUGUUGGGUUUGUGAUUGUGAAAGGUCCUCGCAUGGGGAGCUUUCUGCCGCCUUUACCGCUGUGAUAGAGGCUGGGCUGGGUUCAGGGCGCUGCUAGCGGCUCGGGCUGAGCCGAUGGUGUUUGAUCUGCAGCCGGGACGCAGCUGAGACAUGAGCGAGAGCCUGGAGACAGGAUCCGGGGGUCAGCACCAAGGGGAGGGAAGCGACGGCGUGUCGGCCCGUCAGCCUCUGUCAGAGAGCAAGGAGCCGCUGAACGGCGAGGCGGGGGCGGACCCGGAGACCCGGCUGUGUCUGACGGGGGGAGAGUCCGCACACAACCAUGACCCCGGUGGCGGGCCUCCCUCUGCCCCCGACCCGGCGACGGUUCCCGGGCAGUUCGUGCCUCCCGAGGGGGGCUGGGGUUGGGUGGUGAUGUUUGCUUCCAUGUGGUGUAACGGCUCGGUCUUCGGCAUCCAGAACGCUUUCGGGCUGCUGUUCGUGUCCCUGCUGGAAAAUUUCGGGGACAAAGAGGACAAACACCUGCAGUUUAAGACUGCAUGGGUAGGCUCUGUGUCCAUGGGAAUGAUCUUCUUCUGCUCCCCUAUUGUGAGUGUUUUCACGGACUUGUAUGGAUGCAGGAAAACCGCCAUUGCCGGAGCUGCUGUGGCUUUCAUCGGGCUCAUUGGAAGUUCAUUUGUUACAUCCCUGGGGCCCAUGUACUUUACAUAUGGAAUCGUGUUUGGCUGUGGAUCUUCGUUUGCCUACCAACCAUCUCUUGUGAUUCUGGGACAUUAUUUCAAGCAGCGCCUGGGACUGGUGAAUGGGAUUGUCACAGCAGGCAGCAGUGUUUUCACCAUCGUCCUGCCCUUGCUCUUAAAACAGUUACUGCCAAAGAUUGGGCUCAGCCAUACAUUGCGUGUCCUCAGUGCCUUCAUGUUUGUGCUGCUUCUGGCGGGAUUUACCUACAAACCCCUCUUGCCAGUGGAGGCCAACAGUAAAUCCUCAAAACAAAAACUCAACAUCAGAAAGGUCUUCAAUGUGAAGAUAUGGAAAUUCCUCGGGUACCGCAUCUGGGCUCUUGGAAUCCCAACUGCACUCUUCGGAUACUUUGUGCCUUAUGUUCACCUUAUGAAGUAUGUGGAAGAAACUUUUAAACUGCAAAAUGAAGAAGUUCUGCUGAUGUGCAUUGGGAUCUCCUCUGGGGUCGGGCGAUUGGUGUUUGGCAGGGUAGCGGAUUACCUACCUGGCGCAAAUAAAGUUUUCCUUCAGGUGGCCUCGUUCUUUGUGAUCGGCCUGAUGUCCAUGAUGAUUCCCGUUUGCCAAGGUUUUGCUGGGCUCAUCGUUGUUUGCCUUUUCAUGGGUUUAUUUGAUGGCUGCUUCAUCUCAAUCAUGGCCCCCAUUGCCUUUGAGCUUGUGGGUUCAGAGAAUGUGUCCCAGGCAAUAGGAUUCCUUCUCGGGCUGAUGUCUAUACCAAUGACAUCUGGACCGCCAAUUGCAGGUUUUCUGCGCGACUCUCUGGGAAACUACAACCUGGCCUUCUACCUGGCUGGUGUGCCGCCGCUGAUUGGAGGAGCAAUCCUUUGUACCAUCCCGUGGAUCCAGUAUAGGAAACGCAAGCAACAGGAAAUGCAGGUGGCAGAAGAAACCACAACCAAGAUGCUGGAUCAGAAUUCCACAAAGGUCGUCGUGCCUGGCAGCGGUGAGCCUCAGAAAGAAUGUGCAACCACUAUUUGACAGCAACUUUCCACUACUCAGACUGACGAUGUUUUAAGGUUUUACAAAUUAUUUUACGUGAAGUUUUCUUUUUAUCACAACAAAUCUGAACUGUUAGGAAUCCACGGGAAGGAAAGCAAAGGCAAAUCAAUGCCAAUGAGAAAAUAAAAAAAUUAUAAUUCUGUUUAGAGAAGGACUUUAAGUCAUGCGGGAUAAGUUGCACAUUCAGCUAUUUUUGUUUUCUAAUUUAACUUUCUGAAGUUUCAUAUUAUUCUACAAUCCAAGCUAAGUUUGUAAUAGUACCACUGCUGAUCUGGUUAUACAUGAUGGUUGCCUCCAAGCAUACUGAGGAGAGACCAAUUAAAAAGAGCUGCAACAUCCUCAGGAACAUUCGGUCCUGUCUGUGAUCUACCAGUGAGAAGCUAUUUUUAUCUGGAAGCCACAUUUUUAAGUUUUCAAAGUGAGUAUAUUGUCAAUGAUUUGUUCUUGCAAACAUUUAAGCUCCAUAAAUUUAGAAUGCUAAAUAUUGUUGAGGAAUUGUCCAGGGUCUCAACAUGGCUCCUUGCUCCCAGUAGCCUCGGGAUAACUGGAAAUCCCUGAUUUGGUUUUAUUUUCCAAUGUAACUCUAUAUGAUUUUCAAAGUGUUAGCACUGACCUCUCCCAGUGGGAGAAGGAGUGGUUAGUGGUGAGCAAUGAAUAUUGCUGGAUUAUGAGAUGGUGAGCAGGGCUGCAUAUGGUGGUCACAAGAGGCUGUUCAAUGCUUCAGAUGGUUGAAAACCUCAUAUAACACCACCACAGUACUUCGCUCCCUGCUUCCCACCAGAGCCCACUGCCAUUGGUCUUAUUUGAGCAGUGUUUGUUUUUAGCAUAAGUGCAGCUUUUAAAGUGCAGGUGCUAUUCUGAAAGAAACUCGCUUCAGGUCUGAGUUCUGACUGAGAGCAGGCUUAUCCUAGCAUGCAGGGUUGGUGACAACAGUGGCAGUUAACAUUCAGCCACGCCGUGCAGUGCACAAAAUGAGCCAGGUUGCACACCAGCCAUUAUCUCACUGAAGGGAGAACAGGCUGGAGUGGUGAGCUGUCCCACUGCUGUUCCCAUCUUCUGCGGCCCUGCCAGUGAGGCUGCCCCAGCCAUUGUGGAGCAGCUUGUGCACGGAUAGAACCAAUGCUGGAAUCACUGGCUGCUAUAAAAAUGCAGCCGAGAAAAUUUGAUGUGGAACAAGACUGGGAAACCACUACUUCCACAUGGAUUAAAAUGAAGGGAUGCAAACUUUAUUGUGACCAAACUACUUUUAUUAAGGUAACACAGUUGACUCACUAAAACGUUUACACAGAACUAUCAGUUGGGCAUUCAUUGUAGCAGCAGCAGUCAAUUUCAUAAUUUAUAAUAUGCAAGUCACUUGAUUCUUUGAAGACCUUGUUUUUCUGUUGUAGUUUUGUAGCAAUUUGCUGUUUUAUUCGAGGUAAGCAAAGUUUUUAGAUUGGGUACAGGCUUUGAGGUUCAUCUUCCCCUGGUCCCACCCAAGCCUCAGCCCACCACUCUACCCUCCCCAACUUUACCUCUAGAAUGCCGCUGAUGUAUUUUAGUCUCACAAAUAGGUUUGGUAUUGUUGUGAACUUGUUGUCUGACAUAACUGACCCAUACACUUUCUGAACAGUCCCCAUACAGCAUCAAUAGACUACCUCAUCUGAUUUGUGCAAUGCAGUUACUGCAAAGUGAAGCAUUUCAUUAAAGUAACGAAUGACUGUGAGUGCACAAGAUGUUAGAUUGGGUGGGGAGGAGGAGAGCAAGUUUUUUUUUGUGUCUGUCUCCACACUUGCAUUACAGCCCAGUAUUUAUCCCUGGCAGAACUGGAAUUGGUCCAAUUUUCUGCAAUUGCAUCGUAAGCACUGUAUUGCACACUGAUUAUUUCUUACUCCUCAGACCAUCCGACUGACAUGAGUCUCCCCUAUAGAUCACCUGCCAGAAGGUGAAAGGGACAAUCAGAAGCUACAGAUCUUCAAAAACUUACUAGGUAGAAAAUAACUCUACACUGCUGUGCGAUGUCAUCUGUUGCACUGGCAUGUUCACAGAUGGCCCAGAGUGCACAAGUUUCUUUAAUACACUAGACUUUUGUUUCAUUACCUCCCCCAAACAACUCUUUCUGAGAUUUGUACAGUUCUUAAAUUUUUGUUUUUAAAUUAACUUAUAUAUUACUGAAGUUCUGCUUUUUAAGUUAGUAUCUAACAUAUUCCAAUGUACAUUGGCAUCUAUAGACAGUAGACAAUAAAAUUCACCAAUGUUGGAUGGGAACAUGUGGAUAUCUCACCCUUGCUGAAUCUAUCCUGGGACUUGAACCACGAUAUUUGAGUUCAUCUCAUAUGAAGUGUAAAGGCAGAAUACACCAAAAACGGAUACCAGCAACUCUCAUCUAAUUGAACGUGCGGACUCAAGGGACAGAGUGCUCCUGUAUUCUUUGAUGAUCCCAGCACACUCAUAUCAUCAGUUUUGGGCCUGCUGUGGAGAGUCCUUUCUCGCUGCCCUCCCAAGCUGCUCCCUUCAAUUUGCCUGGGACUCUGUUCUCACAUCCUGUUCCAAUCUUUAACCUCUCGUUGACUCCAAAUCCAAAAAUCUUGCCCUGAACACACUUGCCUAGUGUAACCUUACCUAAUCCAUCACUGCACCCUCCCAACACCAUUCAUCCCAGCUCUUACCUUGGGAUCUUUCUGUUCACCUCCCCAGCGCUCUUACAAACCAAAGCUUAUAGCCAUCUUGGGACUACUCUUUGGAAUUCCUUCCAUUAGCCUCUUUAUCCCUGCACUUAAGACCGUGCUUUCAGUCAGCUUUACACCACCUUAAGCUCAGGCCCUGCUACAGAAAAGCCCCUUGGAUGAUUAAUUGCAGGUCACUUUGCAGGCAUGACAUGUUAGAGGACACCUAACACCUGCAGAUGGUGUGAGCAAUGCAAACAACAUCAACCAUAUUCCCCCUUAUGCCUGAGGCAGGCUUGUGGCUUUAUGUAAUCCAACCAAUCCAAUCUCAACGAUGCCAGUGCACCUCCUGCACUUGUACUAGAGUGCAGUCUAACUGCAGUGCAGGAUCUCAGCACAAAUGACUGCAAGAGGUUAAAUAUUUUCAGUGUUUUUACUUUUAUUUAAACAGUUACCAUUUUGAAACCUAGCCUUGGGGUGAGUUUUACUUUGGUGAGAGGUUGCCACAAAUUGCAACAUUCCAUACAAGAAGAGUUUUGUUUUAGAUGUAUUCAAUGAAGAAGCAAAUAAUUACUUGUUUUCCAAUGUGUAGACUGUACCAGAAAUCCUAGAGCAUUUCAAAGUCUGUGUCUUAACUGCCCGGGAAAUUAAAAAUGGUAAUUGAUGAGGUUCCUAGACCUACCCAGGUGAUCUUUGGAGACUAGCUGUAGUUAUGAAAGGAUUGUUCCCAAUUAAUAUGGUUCCACAUGGAAGCAGCAAACCAGCAACCUGUGUUUGGAAGAGAACAGGAGGUCUCAUCCUAGCAAAUGCAAGUCUUUCUAACUUCGGUGACUGGUAAAUAAUAUCAGUCACACUAAGCAGUUUGAAACUCAAUUUAAGCUGCCAGGGAGAAGGGUAGAAGUCUUCUCCCGCUUUGAGGAAGUUCUAAACAGAACAGAACGCAGAUGUUGCUCAUAUUAAGUGGGUGUUGUACCACGACCCCAACAUUAUUUUGUAUUGCACAAUGGACUAUUCUGGCAAACAUGAAGUCACAAGGCAGAGGGUGAUGAUUUCUGCCAUGGGUGAAUGCAUGAUCCCACGAUAGGUUGGCAGCACCAAGAGGCCACAUAUUCACCUGCUUUUGCAUCUGCACAGAAGUGCAAGUUUGAGGUGUGCUGGUAUCUGAGGAUUUUUCUCUGUGCAUGUUAGUGUGGAAUAUCUUUAUGAUGUUAUCAGAAAGCAUAGAGUGUGACAGUUCAGACCUUUACAUAGAUGCUAAAACCAAUUACAGUGUUGUGCAGGCAGCCAGAGUUUGGCAUUUCAGGGUCUCCAUUCUAGUUAUGUUCUCAUCCAUCCAGAAGCUUAAAGACUGGAGUAUAAUGACAACAACUGUGUUGGAAUAACUCAGAUUACUUUUAAUCUGACAUUUUAAGGAGCUCAUUGCUGAUCUAUUCCUAAAUGUUAUAGAGAUGCACUUGACUCUUUGUAACGUUAUUGUCAAGUGUUGCAGUAUCAUUUAGAUGUUUGAAAUGCUCUGUCAUGCCUUUAGCAGUGGAACUGGUUUCCACACUGAUAAUAUUUUACUUUGCAUCCAUUUAGGAAUUUUGCUUUAUGUAUAAAAGUCCUGAAUUAUGUGCAGGUCCUGUUGAAAUUACUUGUUAACCCUUUCUCAAAAGCUAUGCAGCUGUCGUCAGUUAUUUUGAAUUACUGUUUGAUCAAGAAGAUACGCACUUUGAUCAAGCAAAUUCUCUCUGUAAUUUGUUUUCUUUUGCUUUUCCUUGACAUUCUCAUUGUCAAAAGCUGCAGUGUUGUGAACACCUGUCAUCGUGUUUAUUAGAUCUGUAGUGGGUUCCUGACCUAUCCACACUGACGAUGAAGGUGCCAAUCAUUAAUGUGCCCCAAAAUUACCAGCAAUGUGUUCACUAGGCCUUGAGUUAUUUGCUGAACUCCACAUUCAGAUAAGAGUUCAGGGCAUAAGUUGCAGGGAACUCCCUGAAAGUGAAAGACUGAAUUUGUCACUCAAUCAUUAAUUAAUUGUUGCUUCUUUGCUAUUAUGCGAAGUUUGAAUCUGCUAAUGCAAGUUUUAGGAAAAAUCUAUUAUAUACAAUGUAUAAUUGCAAUAACUUUAAUAAAAAUAAGUUUACAAGGGAAGCAGAUUAUUGAUCAGAUUCUCCAUGUACUGGUAAAAUCGUUUACCAGCUCUGUUUUCAGCAUGUGUUGUAAUGUGCAGUGCUCAAAUCAUCUUUGUAAAUCAUACCAUAUAUCAUCUCCACAUCUAUGAAUUCUUUUUCAUUGACUUUUCAAAAAUCCAAACGUGUGAAGAACAAUCUGUUUAAGAGCAAAUGGAAUUCAAGGAACUUUUCAACCAAUGUUUCCAGUUUUUAAAAGAAUCACCUCUGAAUUAAAAAUAUGCAAUAAAAUAAUAUUUGAAGUUC